AUGUUAGGUUUCAGUCUGGCGGCGUUCCCCCCGGUACCGACCAAAGUUCUUAUCAGAGCACCAAACACCGCUGGGAGCGUGUGGACCUAUUCUUCCAGUCGCUUCCGGAGUAGACAUGGGCAAGAGAGGUUCGACGUUGCUGACAAUGAGACCUUGCAGGUCAAAGACUAUAUGCCGCCGCUUUACUGGGCUGGAAGAUUCCAGUCUCGAUACGAUCAAUGGCGUACCGAUGCAAUGAAAGCUGAACUUGACCCUACCCAUCAAACCUCCGGCCUCUUGGGAGAAUGCAAAUUGAAUCAAGACAAGCUGGCGGCGUGCUACAUACUCGGACAACUGCGCGACCUGUGCACUUCCGACCAAGCAGCAGAUAGCCUUUGGGAAUUCGAGUACAAAUAUAGGAGAGAGCACAAACUGCUCGGCAAUCCGGCAGACCUUCCGCCGAUGUCAUUCCGUAAGCACGACGACAACACGACUUCUGCAGGAGCUGGAGCCUUUGGACGGGCCGUAAGGAAGCUGACCCCACGCAAGGCUAGCCUGAUCAACCUAAUGAAGGGCAAGGGCUGGAACAAAUCCGAUGACUCGACCGAGCGAAACCAGGAGACGUCCUCGGAUGGUUCUUAG